UUAUAUUUUUAAUUGUAAUUGUUACCGCGUUAGUGUUUUCGCAAGCACGCGUUCUUUUUCUCCAAGCAAGUUCGUAGGUGGUUGAGAACAUUGCUUCAGGAUGGCCAUUAGACCUUUAGUGAAACAUAGGAUUGUGAAAAAAAGAUUGAAAAAAUUCAUUCGUCAUCAAUCAGACAGAUAUGCAAAGAUAAAGCCUAAUUGGAGGAAACCUAAAGGUAUCGAUAACAGAGUCAGAAGACGAUUCAAGGGUCAAUAUCUGAUGCCAAAUAUUGGUUAUGGAAGUGCAAAAAAAACUAAACACGUUCUUCCUAAUGGAUUUAAGAAAGUACUUGUGCACAAUUCUCGGGACCUUGAGAUGCUGCUGAUGCAGAACAGGCGCUACUGUGCAGAGAUUGCGCACGGAAUUUCCUCUAGGAAAAGGAAAGAGAUCGUAGAAAGAGCUCAGCAGUUAGCCAUCAGAGUAACCAACCCUAAUGCCCGUCUUCGCUCAGAGGAAAACGAAUAAGAGGGGGACUUUGUACAUUGUUUACUUGCUGCUAGUAAAUAAAAUACUUUUAAGAGAUGGA